CUGCGCCAGUCAGAGUCACAUGAUAGCCUGCGGGAUCGACAGUGCUAUGGUGUGGAGGUGUCACAGGAUCUGCAUUCACGUGAACACGGGCUGCUUGGCGAGGUGUCUGUAUACACCUAUCAAUCUUACUAGAAGCUAUUAAAGUGGCAUAACUGAGCUACUGCCCCCAUAACAGUGCAUCGAAGUCGCCAAGUAUCGAGGAUCCUUCACGAUGUCGCUGCCGAAAAUUUUGGACGCCAAGGAGUCCGAGUAUGGAUAUGUCCACGCUGUCUCGGGUCCUGUAAUCACCGCGCGUGACAUGGAGGGCGCCGCCAUGUACGAGUUGGUGCGAGUAGGACAUGACGAGCUGGUUGGAGAGAUCAUUAAGCUCGAAGGAGGUAUGGCGACUAUCCAGGUAUACGAAGAGACAUCAGGCGUCACAGUAGGAGAUCCAGUAUUGCGGACUCGGAAACCUCUAUCGGUUGAACUUGGCCCGGGUAUCAUGAACUCCAUUUUUGAUGGGAUUCAGAGACCUCUCAGGGAAAUUAACUCCAAGACGCAGUCUAUUUAUAUUCCAAAGGGUAUAAACGUACCGGCUUUGUCGCGAAAUACUCUAUGGGAGUUCACUCCUGCGAACGUCAAAAUAGGGUCUCAUAUGACCGGAGGAGACAUUUUUGGCUUCGUUAACGAGAACUCGUUGAUUAACCACAAAAUUAUGCUCGAUCCCAAGGCGAGGGGUACGGUGACAUUUGUAGCGGCUCCAGGCAACUACACCGUCGACGAAGUUGUUCUUGAGACCGAAUUCGAUGGAGAGAAGAAAAAAUACACUAUGAUGCAGGUUUGGCCUGUACGUCAACCCCGUCCCACGGCUGAAAAACUGGCAGCCAAUCAUCCACUACUUACUGGACAACGUGUGUUGGAUGCCUUAUUCCCCUGUGUACAGGGCGGUACGACGGCCAUUCCCGGUGCUUUCGGUUGUGGUAAAACUGUCAUCUCGCAGUCAUUGUCAAAGUAUUCAAACUCUGACGCCAUCAUCUACGUUGGAUGUGGAGAGCGCGGCAAUGAAAUGUCUGAAGUAUUACGUGAUUUCCCUGAACUAACAACUGAGGUAAAUGGCCAGCAAGUGUCCAUUAUGCAGCGUACUGCUUUGGUUGCAAAUACCUCUAACAUGCCUGUAGCUGCUCGAGAAGCCUCUAUCUACACGGGUAUCACACUGUCGGAGUACUUCCGCGAUAUGGGUUUCAACGUAGCUAUGAUGGCUGACUCGACGUCACGUUGGGCGGAAGCCCUUCGAGAAAUUUCGGGUCGUUUGGCCGAAAUGCCAGCCGAUUCAGGUUAUCCGGCUUACCUGGCUGCUCGACUGGCUUCCUUCUACGAACGAGCUGGUCGUGUGAAAUGUCUUGGCAACCCCGAACGUGAGGGAUCGGUAACCAUUGUCGGAGCCGUCUCUCCUCCAGGAGGUGACUUUUCGGAUCCCGUCACUUCCGCUACGCUGUCAAUUGUCCAGGUGUUCUGGGGCUUAGACAAAAAGCUCGCCCAGCGCAAACACUUCCCGUCUGUCAACUGGCUAAUCUCGUACUCGAAAUACACAAACGCUCUAGAUGAGUUUUACGACAAAAAUUUCCCCGAAUUUACAGCCCUACGAAAUAAAUGCUCGCGCAUUCUUCAAGAGGAAGAGGAACUCUCAGAAAUUGUCCAGCUUGUCGGAAAAGCAUCACUUGGAGAGCGUGAGAAGAUCACCCUUGAGGUAGCCAAGCUAAUCAAAGACGAUUUCCUGCAGCAAAAUGGGUAUACACCCUACGAUCGUUACUGCCCAUUCUAUAAAAGUGUGGCCAUGCUGCGGAACAUGCUUGGCUUCUACGAUAUGGCGUGUCACGCCGUGGAUGCUACCCAGCAGUCAGAGAACCGCAUUACAUGGAACGUAAUUCGUGAGGCAAUGGGUGAUAUUCUUUAUCAGUUGUCGUCGAUGAAAUUCAAAAAUCCAACAGAAGAGUCAAAGGAAAAAAUUCUUAAGGACUUUGAUGAGCUCCAUGAAAACAUGCAGCAAGCAUUCCGCAACCUCGAGGACUAAACAGGAGGACUAAGCGGGUUCAGUCUUUUAAAGAACUUUUCUCUAUUUCCCGAAACUCCCUUUGACUAAAGUUGGCGCUCUUGUUUCCGCCCGUAUGAUUCGGAUGUGUUUCGUUUAAGAAACUGCGUUAAGCGUAGUAAUGAAAAAUCUAUCCUCCUGCUCAGUAGAGUCGGGGAUCAACAAACUGAUAACAACACGAGCCGCUUCACACAUAGGUUUUAAACAUUUAAUAUAGAAUUCUAUGUAAGUAUCAAUUAAAUCUAUGCCACCAAGUUCGUUUCUAAAGUUAAGUGAACUGAGGGAACAGGUCGACAUCAUAAAGCUGCGCGGCCUUAUAUCAACUAACUGACUACUGUUGGUUAAACGAGGCGACUUGUUGGACCAAUGAUGCACGAUCAGGGUGAAUCAUACUUUUUUGCUGAACGAAAGGGAAGUAUGACGUUAAAGAAUAGCUUAGUUGAUGGAAAACAGACUGGUAAUAAUGUGUUUGAAAACAACAUGACGUCGUUAUAAAGGAGGCAUAUCCGAAACGGCACUUACGGCUACUCUUCAGAGUUACCGAAAAAUGUCUUGUGUAUUUAAAUGAUCGCAAUAGUAGAAAAGAUAAUUGCUUAAAUGAUGAUGACUAUAUAUAAUACAGUAACCAUAAUAACAUAACAGUAUAUCUAUAGUAGCACAUCAUCGAAAGUGACAGAAGCAGCCGGAUAGGUAAAACAAUUGCUUAAUUUAGGCCGGUUCGGCGUUUUGUCCAGCCACAUUUCAGACUGAUUAUAGUAUUGAUUGAAUGAGUUAUUCUAAUAGGAACAACAACGGAGCCCAGUAACGGACAGAAAUCCAUACCUACUAACUAAAGAGAGACGCGCAGGAUCAUACGAUACAAAUAAUACAGUAAUUAUACAAAUACAUCUCAAGCUAUGUGUAUACUCACACAUACGUACAUUUAUGGAUACAUAUAUAUAUAUAAAAGAGAAGAUAGAUAGAAAGUGAUAAGGGAAAAGGGAGGAUAUAUUCACUCUAAUAAUGAGCAGUAGCAGCAGCCUGUAAGAAAGAAACAAAGUGGGUGUUAGGUGAUAAUGACAAUGACGUCAGGUGAAAACGAUAGGUUCAAUCAGCAGGAGAAUUCAAAGGGGUACUGAGAACCGAACAGAGGUUGACUAAUAAUAUAUGCUCAUAAUAAUUGGACCAUUUGCUGGUUCAUCCCUUUACGUGGCUGUUGUUAUUAUGAUUUUUUUUUAUCAUGAUUAUUGUUAUUAUGACGAGAGAGAAAGUUGAGUUGACACGUGGUCUGAACGAAGGAGCCCUGUUAAGUGUUCUCAUGUUACUGAAGUGACUGACUGAUGAUUAUGUUAUUAGUAUUAUCAUAUUGACUAUAUCACUGUGCUACUGUUGCUGCGUGGCAAAAUUGCGAGUAAUAAAAGUAAUAGACAUGGUAUAUCAAGAA